UGGAAUAAAAGUUACAUCGGUCUCUCUCCCUCUCUCAGUGUGCCGCAUUUUUUCUUCCGAAUGAAAUUCUGGGUUCUGAAGGUGAAAGGAAAGUUUCUCAAUAAUCAAAUUGGUGUGGCUAUGGUUGAUGAACAUCGAUAAGGACCUCAAUCGCAAUUGCAAUCGCGUCGUUUCGAUUUCUACUGCCAUUGUCUUCUUCUUCCUCUCAUUUCUCUUUUCAAAUCUGACUGAUAGAGGGAGCAACAAUGAUGGUGAGGAAUUUGGUGCUGUUUUUGCUUUUUGUCACUGUCAUUGCUCCGAUUGUGCUUUACACUCAUCGUCUCGGAUCCUUUAAUUUCUCCUCCUCGAGAGGUGAAUUUCUGGAAGAUUUCUCAAGCUUUACUCUGAGCAGUCAUUCUGAACAUUUGAAUAUACUUCCUCUUGAAUCCUCUAGGACUCUUAAAGAACCCGUCGGAACUGUGUACUCUAACAAUACAGCUCAUCCAGAACCGGAUGCGUCUGCUACCGAGCAUAAUUCAACCGAUGUUCAAGGCGCAAAUCAAGAUUUGCAAUUACCUGAAUCGCGGGAGCAUAAAUCUACUCGUGCACUAUCCACCACGAAUGAGAACGUCAGUUCGAUUAGAGAGAAUCCCCUCAGGCAGAUCACCGACCAACAUCCGCAGAAGAAUCUCCGCAAGGGCAGUUUGGUACAAUUCGACACGAAGCGUGUGAAGGUAAGAAAGCGUGAACAACAAUCCAUCCAAUCCACUGACCGCAAGUCUAGAGAAUCAUCUAAAUCAGAAAAAGGCAAUGAUGAAGCUGUUGCACCAAAUGCAAAGGUUCAGUAUCUCAAGGAUCAACUUGUCCAGGCAAAACUGUAUCUUUCCCUUUCAGCCACAAGGAAUAAUGCUAAUUUUAUUAGACAACUACGCCAACGGAUGAAAGAAGUCCAACGUACUUUAGGACGUGCAAACAAAGACUCGCAGCUGCCCAGGAAUGCCCUAGAGAAGUUAAGGGCAAUGGAUGGAAUAUUGAACAGAGGAAAGCAGAUUCAGGAUGACUGUGCUUCGAUGGUCAAAAAGGUUCGGGCUAUGCUCCAGUCAACAGAGGAGCAGCUGCGAGUACACAAAAAACAAGCAUUGUUCUUGUCACAGUUAACAGCAAAAACACUUCCCAAGGGCCUUCAUUGUCUUCCCUUACGCCUAACUACAGAAUACUAUAGCUUGAAUUAUUCACAGCGACCGUUUCCCAAUCAAGAAAAACUAGAAGACUCCAGCCUGUAUCAUUAUGCAUUAUUCUCAGAUAAUGUAUUGGCAGCAGCAGCUGUUGUAAAUUCGACUAUUGCUCAUGCAAAGGAUGCAUCGAAACAUGUUUUGCACAUUGUUACCGACCAGCUCAAUUAUGCUGCAAUGAGAAUGUGGUUCCUGGUUAACUUGCCUGGAAAAGCGACUAUUGAGGUUCGGAGUAUUGAGGAAUUCUCAUGGUUAAAUUCAAGUUACAGUCCAGUUCUCAAGCAGUUGGGUACUCCAUCAGCAAUAAAUUAUUACUUCAAAGCUCAUAGAGCCCAUUCUGAUUCAAAUAUGAAGUUCCGGAACCCAAAGUAUUUAUCUAUCUUGAAUCAUCUCCGGUUUUACUUGCCAGAGAUAUUCCCGAAACUGAAGAAGGUGCUGUUUUUGGAUGAUGACAUAGUUGUGCAGAAAGAUCUUACUGGCCUCUGGUCUCUUGAUCUAAAGGGGAAUGUAAAUGGGGCUGUGGAGACUUGUGGAGAAAGUUUUCAUCGUUUCGAUAAGUAUCUUAAUUUCUCAAAUGAGCUUAUAUCAAAGAAUUUUGAUCCUCGUGCUUGUGGUUGGGCAUAUGGAAUGAAUGUAUUUGAUUUGGAGGAAUGGAAAAGGCAGAGCAUCACUGAUGUAUACCACACGUGGCAGAACCUUAAUCAUGACAGACAGUUGUGGAAGCUGGGUACCUUGCCACCAGGUCUCAUAACAUUUUGGAAGCGCACACAUCCUCUCGACCGAUCCUGGCAUGUUCUAGGCCUUGGAUACAACCCUGACGUCAACCAGAAGGAAAUCGAACGAGCUGCUGUCAUACAUUACAAUGGAAACAUGAAACCCUGGCUGGAGAUAGCCAUACCACGGUACCGUAACUAUUGGAUGAAGUAUGUCGAUUUUGACCACGAGUACCUUCGACAAUGCAACAUUAAUCCAUAACAGGUACACACCAAAGCUCUCUCUUGGUAGCAACACUCAUACGGUUUCGUAGGUGGCAUUCGUUUCCCCCUUCAUUUGUAAAUUUGAUUUUUAUAGGUCGAUUCUUUCUGUAGAGAUGACGUUUGUUCCUUCCAAAAAGUUAGAUCCUAUUAAGUAAUCACCAUAUGAUCAGUUAGUAGCUUUGCAUCAUUUGUAUUGUUGUGGGUACCUGGGAUCCCAGAUGUGGUUCAAUUUGUAAAUGAUUGAGAGUGUGUUGUGUCUCCUCGAGAUUUAGUGAGCUAGGCAAGGAUUCUCCAAAGGGCAAUGUAAUAUGUGCAUUAAAUUUUACUAGUAAGAAA